UACCCAUCAAUUUUUCUCUAUCAUGCACCAUCACUUCCUUUCUUCCUUCAUCACCAUGGCUCCUUCUUCUUCUUCUUCAUCUUCAUCUUCUUCUUCUUCCCUCACCAAACCCCUAAAAAAAACCUCAAACUCAAACCCUAAUUCAAACCCCACAAAUUCCCCAAAUUGCCCUUCUUCACACCACAACUUCUGUAAUCACUCUCCUUCAGCUACCCUUGAUCUUCUAAUAUUCAUUCUUGUACUUUUCUCUGGUGCUUUCCUCAUCAUUUCCUACUUCUCAUACAUCUUUAAUUCAAUUUCUCUUCUUUUCCCAUACCCACCAUCAUUUUUACUCAACACCCUUUUGAACUAUCUAGAAGAAGUGGACGUUUGGACCCACUACAUCUUUUACAUAUUCUUCGUUAUUGUUUUCGUUGUCGUCGUGCUUUUCUUUGAGAUCUGUUGUGGGUUUGGGUUUAGAUCAAGGAAAUGUGGCAAAAAUGGCUGUAAAGGGUUGAGAAGGGCUAUGGAAUUUGACUUGCAAUUGCAGGGUGAAGAGUGUUUGAGAUCUGGGUGUGAGACAAAAGCUGUUAGAGAGAUCAAUCAGUUGCCUUGGAAAGGUGGGAGUGAGAAUAAUCCAGAUUAUGAAUGUCUUCGUGCUGAGUUGAGAAAAAUGGCACCACCCAAUGGACGUGCUGUCUUGUUGUUUAGGUCUAAAUGUGGCUGUCCUGUUGCUAAACUCGAAGGUUGGGGUGCUAAACGAGGGCGUCGGCACAAGAAAUCUUCUUGCAAGCUGACCUGGACACCACCAUUAUUCAAAAAAAAAAAAAUCACUCACAUCAUCCUUAAUUUUGACAAGCGCUGAAGUCAUUUUCAGCUCCUUGGAAUUUCAGUCAUUUGUUAUUUGGUAGACUGCUGACUGCAGCUUACAAGUUCAAGUAAAGAGGCCCUAGUGCUAGUCACGCAUGUUAUAGUAGUGCCACCUUUUGCGAAAGAGAAGUUCUAAAUAGAUUCAGAAGACCUACAAGACUUAACCAUAGUAUGCAUCUGAAGUUUCAAGAAGUUUAUGUUUUGAUGUGAUGCUAUUAUUGACAAUGAUGAUGACGUAAAUUCUUUGGAGUUUAUGUUUGUAAAUACUCCACACAUUAUUUAAAAGAAGUUGUAUUUGAUAGGACUGUAUUGACAAAUACUCCAUCCAUCACAUGCUAUUUGGAACUUUGGAGGAUCUCUUUUUUUUGGUGUAUCAUAGCAAUGAUCUGUUUAUUUAGUCAUCUUAAGAUAUUAGGUUCAAUUCUAUCAUACUUUUGACCAAUAAGGUAUUUGAUAGCUGAUUUCCUGUUUAAA